AUGGCUCUGUUCAGGCGAACAUCGAAGUUGAAUUUAGUCCAAAAUGAAACAUCAUUUAUUGACUUGUUGUUUUUGGAUACAAUAAAGAAUUUGUGCAACCUUGUUUGUCAAACUAUGGUUUUUUUUCCUGUUUAUGAAUUGAUUAGGGCAAAUUCUAACUGUAUUUUUUGUGAUUUUUGUAAACUUUGGGUUCACCCAAGUUGUAACUUGCUUAAUUCUAAUGACUUCAAAAAACUCACCAAGGAUAACUCAGAUGAGGCAUGGUCGUGUUUAAAGUGUAAUUCUGAAAUUUUUCCAUUCCAGAGUGACAAUACACCUCUGUUUGAGGCACAAAAAAGUCAGAUUUUUUCUGACGUUAACUCUCAUAUUGAAACCUCUUUUUCAAAUAAUGUUGAUGAUGAAGAUGAACGGUUUACUAAUUGUAAAUAUUAUGAAUAUAACAGCUUUAACUCUACUCUUGAACAGCUUUCUUCUUCGGACCUUACACCUAAUUUUUCUUAUUUUCAUCUUAAUACUUGUUCUCUUCCCAAGAAUAUUGAUAAUAUCAACAUUCUUCUGAACUCUCUCAAUAUUGACUUUGAUGUGUUAGGCUUCAGUGAAACUAGACUUAGUAAGUACUCAAUAACACCAAUUUUAAAAGGUUAUAGAGGAUUUCAUAACCUUUCAAGCAGCAAUGCAGGAGGUACUUCCUUGUAUAUUUCUAAUUCGCUAACAGUAGUGGUACGCUCAGACCUUUCAAAUUUGCUCUUUCUUGAAAGUAAAUUAGAAUCAACUUUUGUAGAAAUCUUAGAUAACAAUCGUAAAAAUACCAUUGUUGGGUGCAUUUAUAAACACCCUAAUAUGCCAAUUCCUGAAUUUAUUAAUUUGUAUCUUAAACCCUUCUUUGAAGUAGCUAUUAAGCAAAAACAAAAACUUAUUUUAAUGGGAGAUUUUAAUAUUGAUCUUCUAAAAUGUGAAAGUAACCAUCUAGUUGAUGAUUUCCUGGAUGAACUUUAUUCUAAUUUUUUACAACCAUCUAUAACAAUCCCAACCAGAAUAUCUAAUACAUCUAAAACUUUAAUUGAUAAUAUAUUUACAUCUAAUCCAUUUACAAAAUAUUUCUCAGACCAAAUUGUAAGUAGACAUACCCCUAAUAAAAAACUAUCAAAAAAACAAUUAAGUAAUAGAAAUAAACCUUGGGUCACUAGAGCUAUUCUAAAAUACAUUAACAUCCGCAAUAAUUACUAUAAAAAGUUAAUCAAAGCUAAAAACCAAGAAAAAAAAUUAUAUUAUCAAAACCAAUAUAAAUUUUACAGAAAUCGUAUAGUUAAUCUUAUCAGGAACUCAAAAUCAAACUAUUAUAAAGAAUUUUUCUUAAUCAACAAAAAUAACAGUAGAAAAAUUUGGAAAGGUAUAAAGGAUAUUUUAAAUAAUAAAGAUAACAACAGUAGAUCUAGCACUUCUUCCUUAAAAAUAAAUGAUAAAAUAAUCUCUGAAAAAUUAACUGUAGCUAAUGCUUUUAAUGAACAUUUUACUUCUGUUGCAGAUAAAAUUAGAAACCAAAUUCCACAUAACAAUACACACUUUUCAUCUUACCUAAAAAAUAAUAAUAGUAACUCAUUAUUCUUUAACCCUGUAACAAUAGAAGAAGUUUUAAAGAUCAUAAAUAACCUUGAUUUAACCAAAGCAUCGGGCCCAAACAGUGUCCCUAAUCUUAUCUUAAAACAAGCCAAUAUAGCAAUUUCUGCAAUAUUAACCAAACUUUUUAAUCUUUCCCUACAACAAGGUGUAUUCCCAAACAUAUUAAAGAUGGUUAGUGUCAUACCAAUCUACAAGAAUAAAGGGACCAAACAUUCAACCACCCAUGCACUAAUUAGUCUCACUGAAACUAUUCGACAAAAUUUAGAUAAUUGUAAGUUUGCAUGUGGAAUCUUCAUAGACCUUCAAAAGGCCUUUGAUACUGUAUCACACGAAAUUCUCCUUUCAAAGCUUGAACAUUAUGGAAUUAGAGGUGUAACAAACUCCUGGUUUCGCUCCUAUCUCAGCGAUAGGGUACAAUAUAUCUCCCUAACUAACACCAAAUCUAAAAAACUUUUUAUUAAACAUGGAGUUCCCCAAGGUUCCGUUCUUGGUCCUAUUUUAUUUUUACUUUAUAUUAAUGAUUUAAUUAACUCAAUAAUUUUUUCAGAAAUUUUUCAUUUUGCAGACGACACUUGCAUGUUAUAUGCUAACCAUAAUCUGAAAAAAAUGCAGAAGCAUUUAAAUAUAGAUUUAAAAUGUAUAUAUAAAUGGCUAACUGCAAAUAAAAUAGCAUUAAAUGUAGCAAAGACUGAAGUCAUCCUAUUUAGGCAAAGAAAUAAAGCAGUCAACUAUGAUAUAAGGCUGAAAUUAAAUGGAAAAAAACUUGAAUUCUCAUCUCAUGUAAGAUAUUUAGGUAUAUUAAUAGAUGAAUUUCUAGAUUGGGAUUUCCACAUAUCUUAUAUUGGCAAUAAAUUAAGAAAAACAAAUGGAGCUCUUUGCAAACUAAGAUAUUAUGUGCCUAAGGAUAUCCUACUUUCAAUUUACCAUGCAUUAUUUUCUUCUCAUAUUUCUUAUAGUCCGCAAGUGUGGGGUCUCACUUCAAAGUCGUGUAGAAUUUUUCGCUUACAAAAAGCUGCUCUCCGAAUCAUUACUUUUUCUAAAUUUAACUCACCAUCAAAUCCUAUUUUUCUUAAUCUUAAUAUUCUUACUCUUUCAGAUCUUAUAAAAUUUCUCAACAUUAUUUUAACUUUUAAUAUUAUAAAUCUGCAUUCUCCAGGUAAUAUUUGUGAUAUUUUUAAAUUGGUCUGCCAUUCAUCUAAUCAUUCAACAAGAAGUAAAUCCAUUAAACUUCUAGCUAGACCUUCUUGUCAUACUGCUUAUUGCAAUCUUUUGAACUUAUAUAGGUGGCCAUCACCUACAUUAGUAUUUAUACUAUCUGAUGGUCUCCCCUGUGAACAUGUGGGCAGUUUGCAUUCGGCCAGAUCAACGGGCUUAGCCAGCUAA